AUGUUGCCCAAUGGCAUAUCUGGGUCUCAACAAGACUCUCAGUCAAGACCAGUCUCAGUCAACACCUCCUCCAGCUUCGAUUUUGCAAACCGGCCACCAGCCCAUUACCAUACGACUGCGCUGCCUUCGAAUGCCGUUGGCAACCUCUCGCGUACGGACCAGAUCGUCUUGAGGCACUUCUGGGAGUCCAAGUAUGCAGAGAACAAAGCUAGAGACCUGCAUUUCCUGAAAUUCCCAUACUUCCCGCAAUACCCUGGCCACCAAGAUCUCAUCCCAUAUUGUGAGAUCUACCACUUGGUCAAGACCUCGCCAGGGGCCAAGAUCCUCGGUCUGGGCAGUGCAAGUGGUGUCUACAUCGGGUUCGAGCUCUUCUCCGGCUCACAACUCCACAUCGACAUGGACGAUGCCUGGCAUAACAUUUCUCAUCACCGUGUGAGCUUCAAGUCUUACGACAAGAUGCUCAAGGAUCCUGCCUCCGACGCUGCAUUCAAGUCUUGGCCGAAGCCUCUGACCAUCGAGUUUCUCGAGGAGCAGUAUCAGCGUUGGAUGCUAGAUCUGACCAGCUUCUGCUGGGAUACGGAGGAAGUGACAGAGUUGGGGGGUGGCACCGGGGGUGGGAGCGUCCAGAGCGAUUUGAAAGACGACAUGUUGUAG